GUAGAGGGAUCGUGACGGGGAAUAGUGCCAGAUAAGGGGAAGAGAGACAGAUGAGCAGACACAGAGAAAGGGUUAAGGGGGAGCCUCACCAUCAACAUGUUCGCUGCCCCCCAGGUUUUGCCUCCUUGAGGAGAAUGUGGCCUCAAGGGGCCAUCUUUGUGGCCUUGCCCCACCUGGGGCCCAUCCUGGUCUGGCUGCUCGUCCCUCGUCGGAUGUCUGGUUGGUGUGACAGCCUGAGGAAGCUGCCCUGGUGCCCACCCCACAAAGUUUUGUUGCUUGUGUGGACAGCCAUCUACUCUGUCAUGGGCUAUGCCUCCUACCUGGUGUGGAAGGACCUGGGCGGGGGCUUCGGGAGGCCCCUGGCCCUGCCUCUUGGCCUCUAUGCUGUGCAGCUCGCCAUCAGCUGGACUGCCCUGAUUCUCUUCUUUGCAGCCCAUGCCCCUGGUCUGGCCCUCCUGCCCCUGCUGCUGCUCUACGGGCUGGUGGUGAGCACGGCGCUGACCUGGCACCCCAUCAACAAACUGGCUGCCCUGCUUCUGCUGCCCUACCUGGCCUGGCUCACUGUGACCGCUUCCAUCGCCUACCGCCUAUGGAGGGACAGCCUUUGUCCAGAGCAGCAGCCUCAGCCCAUGGGAGACAAGAGCGACUGAGGCACCAGGACACGGGAGAGGAGGGCGAAGAAGGCCAGGGCCGAGGGGGGAGAGACGGCA